AUGGAGCAGAGGUUUACGGAACUUAUGACGGCUAUAGCUCGAAACCAGCACGCACCUGCAGUUCCACCUGCACCUGUGGUUCCCCCUGUACCAGCAGCUCCACCUGCACCAGCAGCCCCUCCUGCACAAGGAUUGGCUGCACAACAGCCGCAGAUAUUACCGAACCAACUUUCUGCUGAGGCGAAACAUUUGAGGGACUUUAGGAAAUAUGACCCUCAGACGUUUGAUGGGUCACUGGAGGAUCCUACUAAAGCUGAGUUGUGGUUGUCCUCUGUGGAAACCAUAUUCAAUUACAUGAGAUGUCCCGAGGAGCACAGAGUUCAGUGUGCUGCUUUUCUACUGAGGGACAGAGGCAUUAUCUGGUGGAGGACUACAAUGCGCAUGCUAGGUGGAGAUGUGAGGCAGAUUACCUGGGAUCAGUUUAAAAACUGCUUCUAUACCAAGUUUUUCUCGGCUAACCUUAGAGACGCCAAAAGCCAGGAAUUCUUGGAGUUGAAGCAAGGACAUAUGACAGUCGAGGAGUACGACCAGGAGUUUGAUAUGCUGUCACGUUUUGCCCCUGAACUUGUUGGUAACGAGCAGGCUAGAGCUGAUAGGUUCGUCAAGGGAUUGAGAGAUGAGAUUAGGGACUUUGUGCGAGCACUAAAGCCCACUACCCAGGCUGAAGCGCUGCGUCUGGCAGUGGAUAUGAGCAUUGGGAAGGAUGAAAUACGGCCAAGGAGCUUUGAUAAGGGAUCGUCGUCUGGUCAAAAGAGAAAAGCAGAGCAGAGAACUAUGGGAGUUCCUCAGAGGAACUUGAGACCAGGCGAUCCUUUUCGCAGUUUCCAGCAGAGUUCUGGCGGGGCAGGAGACACUACUCGAGAGAAGCCAUUAUGCAAUACGUGUGGGAAACGUCACCUGGGUCGUUGUUUGAUGGGAACGAGAGUCUGUUAUAAGUGCAAGCAAGAGGGACACAUGGCUGAUAGGUGUCCCUUGAGAUCUACUGGGGCUGGACAGAGCAGUCAGGGAGAGAGACCUCCACAGCGGGGUACAAUCUUUGCCACUAAUAGAUCAGAGGCAGAGAAGGCCGGCACAGUGGUGACAGGUACAUUACCAGUGUUAGGGCAUUUUGCCUUGACCUUGUUUGACUCGGGAUCUUCUCAUUUAUUUCAUCGCUUUUUGUGA